GCCAGAAACGUAGAAGCAUUUGUAAACAAAAAUUAGACUGCGUGCUGUCAGUCGUGUUUUUAUUAAUUUAUGGGUAGGUUUUAGCUAGAAUUAGUUAAUAUGAUGGUCGCGAGCGCUUACCGGACUUUUUUCUAUCGCCUAAGUAAGUCAAACAACAUUGGAGCUAUAUUAACAAGAGCUCUUUCGGUUCAGACCGAAGCCAUUUCCAAAAAUCAGAAUGCCAGUUUUCCUGUGCUUGAAGUUGAAGUUGACUGCAAUGAUCAAUCCUAUCAAAAUGCAACAGAGAAAGGAAUGAAAUCCAUACAACAGCUGGAUAAAAUUAUGGCAGUGCUUUCAGAUGGAGGAGGAGAGAAGGCGCGGAAGCGGCACACUGAGCUGAACAAGAAACUGCUGGUCUGGGACCGUAUUUCACGGCUCGUUGACCCUGGCUCGGAGAUGAUUGACCUGGCCCCUCUGGCUGGGCUCAAUCUUGCCUAUGGAGACAUUCCGUAUGGUGGAAUGGUUUGUGUGAUUGCCAAAGUGAGGGGCAGGUACUGCUCCAUCACUGCCAAUGAUGGUACGGUGAAAGGAGGAACCUAUUUCCCCAUCACAGUUACCAAGGCUCUCCGUGCACAGCAUAUCUCUGCUCUGCACCGUCUGCCGUCCAUCUGUCUGGUGGACAGCGGCGGCGGCUUCCUGCCGCUGCAGGCCGAGCUGUUCCCCGACAAGCAGCACGGCGGGCGCAGCUUCCACAACCAGGCGGUGUUGUCGGCGGCUGGCGUGCCGCAGGUGGCCGUCGUCUGCGGCAGCUGCACCGCCGGCGGUGCGUACGCGCCGACGAUGUCUGACGAGGCGGUGAUGGUGGACCGGAUCGGAACGCUGUUCCUGGGCGGACCGCCGCUGGUGCGCGCCGCGCUCGGCGAGGUCAUCUCGGAGGAGGAGCUCGGCGGCGCCCGGCUGCACUGCGGCGUCUCGGGCUGCUGUGACAUGUUCGCCGCCGACGAGGAUGAGGCGUUCGCCACCACGCGAGACAUCAUCGAGUCGCUGAACCUACCGGAGGCCAGGGAGGAUGUCAGCGAGCCGCCGCUGGUCGCCCCCGACCGGCUGGACACUCUGUCCGGUCUGAGUCAGCUAUCGCGGGACGAGUUGAAGCUGGUGCUGGCCUCUGUCCUCGACGGCAGCCGCUUCCGCGAGUUCAAAGGCAGCUACGGAGUCAACGUGAUCACCGGCUUCGGCAAACUGGGCGGGCGUCUGGUGGGCGUGGUGGCCAACCACGGCACGGUCACGGCCCGUGACGCGCUGAAGAUGGCGCACCUGGUGGAGCUCUGUGACCAGCGCCACAUCCCGCUGCUCUACCUGCAGAACGCGCCGCCAGACACGGUGGAGGAGUGCUCCGACCCGGAAGUGCUCAAGUGUCGCGCGCGGGCCGCCACCGUGCUGGCGGCCUCCCGAGUGCCGCGGAUUAGCGUCAACCUCACCGGCUGCCAUGGCGACCAGCACAUGACUAUGUGCGGCAUUUCCUUCGAGCCGAGUUUCUACUUCGCGUGGCCUCGUGCCAAGUUCUCGGGCGUGUCCCUGUCGGCCGCCGCUCCGGCUCCUGACGAGGCAGCGGCGGCUCCCCCUCGGCCGGGGAAGCCUCCUUCGCCGGCCGAUAAACCGACCAAGCCGGGCCGGCCGGCCAAGCCGCCGCCGCUCAUCCAGCUGCCAAAGGACUCGAGUCUGUACUACGCGUCACGGGUGCUGAUUGACGGCGUCAUCCGGCCCAGGGACACCAGGAAGACGCUGGAGCUGGCCCUGGCCGUGGUCAGCUGGAACACUCCGCAGCAGGAGAGGCGGCACCCGGUCAUCCGCAUGUAGGAGGCUAGGGACUACUGGCGACUACCUCCUGAACGGCGGCAUCCGGAGUUAUCGUGGCACGGCACGGCCAAGAGUUAUCGCUGAACUCCAGCACGGCGGCGCCUGGAGUUAUCGUGGCACGUCACGGCCCGAGUUACCGCUGAACUCCAGCACGGCGGCGCCUCAGAGCUAGGUAUCCCCGAAACUCCCCUGUCGGCGGCGCCAGCCUUGAUGGAUGACGGGGCACUCGGAGUGGUUUCGUAGGGUUUCGGUGAAGUGUCCUUAUUAUGUCCUUGUUAUGUAGAUGAUUUGUGAUGAAUCGGUGCUCAAUAAUGAAGUUCUCCCCAGUUGGAAGUUCGCCCCGUGUUAUGGAUUGACAGUGGUUUUGUGUGCGAUGCUUUGGCUGGAUAAUCGCCACGCAGUGAAAUUUAGUGUGAUAAGGGUCUAAGGGAGUCGAUUUGCCGUCAAAUCCCAAAACAAAAUGCACUGGAAAACGCGUUUAGCUUUCUGUCAGUUUUGCGGGCAGAUUGUGUCGCCUUACUGGUAUUUUUACCCCGUGUUGGAAUGAGCGUUUUUGGGGUGUUUGAAUGUUAUGGAGAUCGUUACUCGCUAGGUGGCAGAAACACGCAGAGAACUAUCGAUAUUGGUUUAUAGUGUGAAUAUUGCAGUGGCUGUUCCCCGUCGCGUCGAGUGAUAAUGUUCAAAUGGUCUGCCUCAGCGGGAGCCGUCCCAGGAGGCCAAAACAGAAACAAUGCAAUUAGGUGUAAGGCAAUGCGAUGAAAUGAAUAUAUACCCACAAUUGGCUUGUGAAUA